AUGGAUCCAACCUACAUUUCCCAAGGCAUCAUGCGGUUUCGGGAUCUCCUCGAAAGCUCUCUUUGUACCACCUCACCAUGCAACAUUUCUUGCAAUUGUACAAAGAUCAAAAGACUGUACGGGCAUGCUCUAUUUAGGUGCCCCCGAAUAUCUUGUCCCCGAUACAUUGACGGAUUCGAAACUGAUUCCGCACGUUCCGAGCACCACAAGACACAUGAACGCCCAUACAAGUGCUCUCAUUCCGAUUGUUUGUUCUCCCAACUGGGAUUCCGGACCGCAAACGACCUUGCCCGCCAUGCGGACGUCACCCACAACCACGUUGUCAACGAUGCUGUGCCUUGGAAAAACUUCACAGCCCACCACCUCAGUGAAAGUAACAUUGUGGCCAUCAUGGAAGAUACUAUCAGUCUGAACCAAGUCGGGAUCAUGACACGCAUUCUAUCCAAGGAAUCGGGUUUCCUACGCGUCUGCUGUUCCAGGAAUUCCAAGGAAGGUGUUCACUGCGAUGAAUAUACCAGGGGACACCAUAAUGAGUUUCAAGAGCCCUUUGUGAUGGAUGAUGCACUGAGGAUAUCAGCAAGAGCAGGAACUACAGAAAUGAUGGAAUGCGUCAUUGCGGCUGCCAAACUUGCUAAACACAAGGUUUAUUCCAAGGUCGAUCUUUUGGCACAUGCUAUCAGAUCAGGGAACAAUGAUGCCUUGGGCGUUAUUCUUCAACACUAUCCUGCCUUUGGCGAAGCCUCGGAAGAAGUGGAGAUCCGUGAAGCUGGCUCGGAUUCUGAGUAUGACAUCGAAAAGUGGAUUUGUUUCACCACUGUGUCACUCUUUGAGUUGGCCUUUGCCCACGCCAACGGCCGAGCUAUGAAAGCCCUAGUAAGGGCUGGAGCCCGUCCCGAUGUUCGUCGAGAGACGUUCAUUGAUGUGUUCAAGACAAGAGGCCACAUGGAACUAAUGUCCGCAGACAAUCCUAAGACACGAGACACGCUAGGGAGGAUGAAAGUUUUAAAGCUCCCAAGUCUGGUGCUGCAAUAUGGGCUACAGGUCGCUAUUCAGCGAUCCUCAGCCCAUUACGCCGAGUUUUGCGUCGAUAUGGGUGCCAACGUCAACGGGAAAUGGCUCAAUAUUGGCGAGAAGAAAAGACGCGAACGUCCGACGAUGCUAUUUCUCGCGAUCAAGAGCGGAUGUGGGCCCAUCUUCAAGUUACUGCUGGAGCACGGGGCUCUUCUACAGGGGGAUGAAGUGGAGGAUGUCGAAUCUGGGGAGAUUGCUGGGAUGAAGAAGAUUGAAAAGUACUUUUCUAUGUCUUGGAAGGAAAUGAUGUCGACGUUUUCGAAGAGUGUGUGA